UUAAAGGCCUCAGAUAAACAGAAGCUCCUCUGUCUCUGAACCAUGAAGACUCUGGUGACUCUUGCACUUCUGACUCUGAUCUGCUUCCUGCAUCACAGCUCUGGAACAGUCGCAGUCAACGCUGUGACGAAAGAUGGAUGCUGUCCAGGCUCCAAUCGAACACAUAUUCCUAAGGGAUUUGUGAAAGACAUGGUGAGGACCCCAAACGACUGCAAUCCCAAGGCAAUCGUGAUCACGACUGUGUGUGAAGAGAAGUACUGCAUCGAUGCCAAGUGGACCUGGGUGAAGAAACGCCUGGAAGAAUUUGAGACGUCCCAAUCUGCCUUUAAUAUCCAUAAGUGUGACAAGAAGGACCGAAACGUCUGAUCUGAUCAUCAUGUUUACAUCCAGACUCUGUUCUGUAUGAACCUCAGCUGAUAAUUAAUGAUCAUUAAUGAUAACAGAUGAUGACUGAUGAUUUUACAGAGGAGUACAACUGACACUGUGACGCUGGAAAGUUUGAUGUUAAAUUCAGUUUAAAACAUCUUAAAAAUGUCUGAGCCUGAGUGGCGAGUGUCACAUGACUGAACCAAACAUAAGUGCAUGUCUGACAGCUGUGUCCUAAUUUUAUAUCAUCGGUAGUUAUUGGAGAAUAUGUGAAAUUUAUUAUUUUAUUUUGCUAUAAAAAAGGU